AUGCGCAAAAUUGAUUCCUUUGUUGUAUCAGUUAGUGCCGACAGUGAGACAGAAAAAAAAGUUGAAAGAAGUAGUGAAGUAAAAAGUGAAAAUAUUGAUGUGUAUAAAGUACAUAUUAAAACUAAUGAAGAAAUUCCAGCUGCGGUUAGUGUUGAAGAAAAUGUUCCAAAUACUAGUGUAUCAGAGACUACCGGGAAUCACGUUGAUCUGGAUAUCUUUGACAAUACUGCAGAGAUUUGCAAAUCACAUCAAUCAGAAAUUCAAUCUGAUAUUGGAAUAUCUACCAUAAGUGACGACCCAGCCCAAUGGAUAUUGAAUGAUGCUACAAUUGAAUAUUUAUCAACGCAUGGUAUUAAACAAAAUAUCGAUAGUGAUUUUACUAACUCAAAAAGGCAAUAUACUGAUAAAAUGCGUGUUCUAACAAAAAAUGUGUUUGAACGACAUCUUUUAAAUGGUGAAGUAAAGCCACAGCAAUAUCUUGUAUAUUCAGAGAGCAAAGGAGCCGUGUUUUGUGCCCCAUGUUGAUUAUUUGGAGGGAUCUCUAAUCUGGCAACGAGUGGAUACCAUGACUGGAAAAACAUAUCAACUCGACUACGUGAACAUGAAAAUUCGACUGAACCUAAAACGUGUGUACUGACAAUGGUGAGGAGAGGCGAGAUAUCCGGAAGAAUUGAUAUACAUUUCAAAUUUCAAAUGGAAGAAGACAUUAUGUAUUGGAGAAAUGUGUUGAAAAGGAUUGUAGCAGUGAUAAAGAAACUUUCAAGCAGAGGACUUGCAUUUAGAGGUAAGGUGGAAAAAUUUGGAUCACCUUAUAAUGGCAAUUACAUGAUGGCCCUUGAGCUUGUCGCAGAAUUCGACCCAUUUUUAUCAAGUCACAUUGCACGUUAUGGAAAUGAAGGUCGAGGUAACGUAUCUUAUCUUUCAUCCUAUACAUGUAAUGAAUUUAUAAAAUUGAUGGCUUCAAAUGUGAUCUCAAUUAUUAUUAAAGAAGUAAAAGAAGCCAAAUAUUUCUCGAUAAGCAUUGACUCAACUCCCGACAUAUCUCAUGUUGAUCAAUUGGCUUUUAUACUGAGAUAUGUAAACAAUGAUGGCAUACCAGUAGAGAGGUUUCUUUGUUUUUUACCAAAUACUGGCCACAAAUCAGAACAGUUAGCUGAUGCUGUACUUUCAACUUUGAAUUGUUAUGGAUUAGAUAUCGCAAACUGCCGUGGCCAGUCGUACGACAAUGCCACUAACAUGUCUGGUGUAUAUAGCGGGUUGCAAGCAAGAAUUAAGAAUAUAAAUCCUUAUGCUGUGUAUGUGCCUUGUUCUGCACAUUCUUUAAAUCUGGUUGGAGUAUGUGCAGCAGAAAGUUGUCAAGAAGCAUGUUCAUUUUUCUCAACUGUCCAACAUCUUUAUUCAUUUUUUUCUGCCUCUACUAACCGGUGGGACAUUUUACUAUCUAAUUUGAAGCCAGGCAGUAAAGUAAUAAAAAGACUUUCUGAGACUCACUGGUCAUCUCGAGUGGAAGCUUGUCAUAAUUUGAGUGAAAACUGGAAUGCUAUAAUUAAAGCCUUAAAAACAAUGAAGGAAGAUGCUACUGAGAAACCUGUUACACGUAAUGAAGCUGCAGGCCUGCAGCGAAAACUCGAUCGACUUGAGGCAGCUUUUAUGGCUGUAUUUUGGAGCUCACUCUUGGAAAGAUUUCAUAUAACUAGCCAAAAACUGCAAAAUGUUUAUAUUGAUAUACAGACAGUUGUAGAACUCUACAACUCACUAAUAGGAUACAUUCACUCUAUACGGGACUUGUUUGAUAUGUACGAAGAGAAAGCCAAAGAAAAAUCUGAAAUUGAAGACUACGAACUUGACACAAAGCGAAAAAGAAAGCGUAAACUGCAAGUUGAGGAGACAGACGAAGUUGAAGUGGAAACGUGUGGUAGAGAUAAAUUUAAAGUAGAUACCUUUUUAACAAUACUAGACCUUGUAUGUUCCGAAUUGAAACGCAGAAGUAAUGCGUAUCAAGAAAUUUAUAGCAGAUUUCAGUUUCUCUCUAACAUUACCAAUACUUCAACAGCAGAUAUAAUAGUUCAUGCUAAAAAAUUACAGCUAUGCUACCAAGGAGAUUUAGAAGAAUCAUUUGUGAAUGAGUGUCUACAUUUUCGAUCGUAUUUGGAAGGUGUCAAAAUUCCUGAAAAUGAAAAGAAGUCAAUUAUAAGAUAUUGCAGCCUUCUUCGAAAUCAAAACAUUCAUUCAGUAUAUCCAAAUCUUGAUAUUGCCUUCCGAAUGUUCGUUUGCACACCUGCUACAAACUGUUCAGCGGAACGAACAUUUUCGGCUUUAAAAAGGGUGAAAAACUACUUGAGGGCUAAUAUCAGUGAAGAAAAAUUAAACUCCCUUUCUCUCCUGACAAUUGAAAAGGAUCUAACAACUUCUCUGGAUUAUACAGAAUUAAUUAAUAAGUUUGCUGCUCAAAGGUGUAGGCGUAAACAAAUGUAA